UUGAAAACAGCAUGGUGGAUUGCGGGAAAUGGAGAAAUUUUCCAAUAUUUGCUGAAUUUCUACCAUAAAGUGUCGGGUUCUUGAGUAAACCAUUUGAUGUUUAAAGUGUAAACUAUCAUAACAUUUCUGUUUUAUAAGACAUUUUCAGAAACCUUCCACUUCUCGGAGUAUCCAUUGUGCAACUGACAGAUACAGGUGAAAAAUAUUGAAGAGACAGAAAACCACAUGAAGAUAUAGACAUGGCUGCACUGGACUCACUGGCACAAUUAAACAGUUUACUGGAAGAGUGGACUCAGAAUCAAAACAGCAGCUCCUUCAAUGUUAUCAACUCACUGCACAGGAUGGCAGAGCUCCUGGAAAGAGAAACAGAGGAAUACUAUAAGAUGGACCCUGACCCGUUUGAUGACCGACAUCCAGGUCGUGCUGUCCCAACAUGUGCACUGGGUCACCUCAUGAAAACACUUUUCAAAAACGAAGACUUCAUGAGUAAGUUGAUCAGUACGUAUCUGAUCAGUAGUAACAGAGAUCAGACAGAUUUACAUAUUGCUGCUUCUCGUUUGUUGCUUGACGUCAUGCCAGGACUUGAGACCACCACAGUAUUUCAAGAAACUGAUGGAUUGGUUAGAAGAUUAUUACACUGGGCAGAAGUUUGCGAGGACCCAUUGAGGUCUUAUGCCACUGGGCUCUUGGCAGGGGCCAUGGAACUAAAUGAUGUUGCAGACAAGUUCAAAGACUCAAAUUCCCAUCUGGUCCCCAUGAUGUUGACUCGCCUACACAAGCUGAAAUGUGACUACGAGAAAGAAAAUGAAGAAAAUACUGCAGUGGAAGAUAACCAAAGACAUUUUGGAAUUUUUGCCAAAGAGUCGGAAAGGUCUCCAGAAAAGAAAAUCUCAUCAGGAAGUUCUAAAGAGAGUGGAGCUGAAAAUUCUCAGGAGUCGAGCUCUCCGAUAAAAGGCAGCACAAAGGGGGAUAACUCAGGAAAGAAUGAUAGACGAGAGUCAAUGAAGCGUGCACUUUCACCUAGUUACUAUAGCGAUGACCUGUACAGAUUUAAAAAGAAAAGCCGCAUAAGGGAUGAUUCAAUAACUGAGUUCAGCAACAGUAGCUGGGCAGAGAUGAAGUGUUAUGUAAUAGGAACCUACAGUUUACAGCCUCUCAGUACAGCCAUGAAACAGAGGGUUAUUCUACAGUAUCUCAGACCAAUGGCAGAAUACCAAGAGUUAAUUGGUGCUGCCUUUGAACAUAAUGCAUUGGAUCUGGUGUUCUUCUACAUGGAUCUCAGAAAGAAUUCAGACAUCAGACUGGCAUUUGAAGCCCUGAGGUACACUGCAAAUCUGUUGUGCCACAAGAAGUUUGCCAUUGAGUUCCUAACCAUGCAGGGUGUACAGAGAACCCUGCAGGUGCCCCGCCCCUCUGUGGCAGCUUGUGGGGUGUCUCUCUGUAUCUACUAUCUCUCUUACUUUGAGGAUGCCAUGGAAAGGGUUUGCCAAUUACCAGAUGAGACCCUAGCUGAAUUGGUUAGCUACACAUUGUGGCUACUGGAGUGUUCCCAUGAUUCCAGUAGAUGUCAUGCUGCAAUGUUUUUUGGGCAAGCCUUUCCCUACAGGGUGAUCUUAAAUUUGUUUGAUCAGAAAGAUGGACUGAGGAGGUUAUUUAAUGUGAUCAGCACCCUACAGAUCAUGGAUGUUGAUGAACGGCGAGAUGUCAGCGAUGAUCAGCUGUUCACAAUGAGGCAGCUCACACGUCACGUCUCACUCGCUCUGAAGAAAUAUUUUGAAGCUCACUUAUCUCACAAAGUGGAAGAGAUCAAGCGAUCUCAUGCUCGCAGUGAUGACAACAGUUCACCUGUUCAUGAAGUUCCUGCUUAUAAGGCAUUGAAGUUAACACCAGAAAUUGUUCAAGAGAACGUUGAAAUCUUGAUGGAGUUGAUGCCAGUACGAAUUCAUUGGGCUCCAGAAAUCACUUGCCACAAACUGGGCGGAAUUAAACUGCUCUGUCAACUUAUUGCACUGGCUCCAAACUGGAACAGCUUUACUGGGAAAUCAGAAAUGAUAAAGAACGUUCUAGAUGUCAUCAAUGUAUUGGUGUCCACCCCCAGAUCUCAACUGGCUCUGUUGGAGUCGGUACCGCUUUACGAUAAUCUGUCUACACCAGCUGUUAGUGUACUGAUAGGCCUUGCUGAGGGAGAAGUUAUUCAAGACCCAGAGGUUCAGAAAUCGGCCCUGAAUGUCAUCAUCAACUGUGUGUGUGGCCCGGUAGACAAGCUGGGAGGAGGUCUAGGGAGAUAUAUAGGGGCUGGAUCUAAGAAAAAGAUCAACCUCAAAGUAGGUGAAGACAUUCUCAGUAAGAUGUGGAAUGGGGUCAGGAUCAACAACGGAAUCAUGGUACUUUUGAAACUGUUGUCCAUCAAAACACCCAUAACAGAUGCUGACUGCAUUAGGGCAUUGGCUUGCAAGGCUUUGGUUGGUUUAUCCCGAUCAGAAACGGUCAGGCAGAUCAUCAGUAAACUCCCUCUCUUCAACAAUGGACAGUUGCAAUUACUGAUGAAAGAACCUGUUUUGCAUGACAAACAACAAGAACACAUCAAGUUCUGUAAAUACGCCAAUGAGUUGUUAGAGAGAGUGGUGGGAAAGAAGUCCAGUGCUCACUUGGAUGCCUCGCUGGAGGAAAUUAGAAGGGCUGACAUUGUUGCUCAAACAAGAAUAACUUUCCAAGAAAAGGAAUUGCUUCAAUUGAUAUACAGUCACCUGCAAUCAGAAGGAUUAACUGAGGCAGCAGCAGCGCUACAGAAGGAAGCCAGUCUACCUCUAUCCAUCACACCUCCUAAUGUUCUUCCUGUACAACCAUGUGUGUUUGCUUCUCCCCACUUAGCAUCUCCCAGAUUUACCAGACAGAUCAGUCAUCCCUUAGCCUCACACAUCACUCCUGAUGUCCCAUCUACAAGUUCUGGUCUCCAUAGCAACUCUAGCAGUCAGAGGGACAGUCCAACUAACUCAGGCUCCACCCCCGGCACACCUGGACCAAUCAGAUUUCAUCUCGGUCGGCAACACCCUCAGGCCUCACCAGGUCUAGGACAAGUUAGGGCUUCAAAUAGCAAGAGUAGAUUUAGCUCGGAAAAAGAUUGCAUUCUGUCUAGUCCUGCCUGGAGGACAAAAGGUCUUCUGAAAGGUCAAGGAGAAUAUGAUAUGACCUUGGAUAAAAUUGUGACAGAGUAUUUACGUAAACAGCAUGCUCUGUGUCGAAACCCUGUCACCACCUGUCCACCCAUGUCUCUGUUCCAACCCCAUAGAUGUCCUGAGCCCAGGGGAAGAAGAAUGGCCCCUAUUAAUUGCACAUCUAGGAUUUAUAACAGAAUGUUGGGGCCCAAGGUAGGAGGAAUUGGAGGACCCAGUGUGGAUAGGAAGUUCAUAUACAGUCGGUUUAGGCCAUGUCAGUCUUACAGAAAUGCAGAUGAUGGGGGCAUGCUGUGUUGUUCUUUUUCAAGGGAUGAGCAGUAUUUGAUGUAUGGGACUUUCUGGGGAGACAUCAAGCUAGUCAGUUUACAGUCUGGAGAGGAAACAGCCAGUUAUAAUUUCCAUCAGGUUGCGAUAGAGGAUUUUCAACAAGCAAGAGACUCAGAUUUACUAUUGAUCAGUUAUGAAGACAAUGGAUCAGGGGUUUGGACGUAUGGCGAUGUUGUAGAUAAUAAAUACAGUUUUGAGGACAGUCAUAUUGAGUUUAGCAAACAGGUUCAAGACCGAAUCAUCGGGACUAAAGAUGAAACAGCAAAUAUUUACGAUGUCUCCACAGGCCAAAGAAUUCUCAAACUGUACGAUCCAAACAAAGCUAAUAACUACCUUAAAAAUCGAGCAACAUUUAACCCUACAGAUGAACUUGUUCUCAAUGAUGGGGUCUUGUGGGAUGUACGGAGUGGAAAAUCCAUCCAUAAGUUUGACAAGUUCAAUUCCAACAUUAGUGGAGUGUUUCAUCCAAUGGGAUUGGAGAUUAUUAUCAACUCAGAAGUGUGGGACAUCAGGAACUAUCACUUGCUGCACACAGUCCCAGCCUUGAACCAGUGUCAGAUUCGCUUCAACAAUCUAGGAGAUGUUAUAUAUGCUAUUUAUGUAAUGGAUGAAGAAAUGGAUGAUUUUAAAGUCAGGAGUCCCUACAGCUCAACCUUCAGAACAUUUGAUUCCACAGACUACAGCUCAAUAGCUACAAUAGAUGUGAAGUCAAAGAGUAUCUUAGACUUGUGUACUGACAAAUCUGACUGUUACCUGGCAGUGGUAGAGAACCUGAACACAGACCUAGGCACAGAGGAGUUUGUGUGUAAGCUGUAUGAGGUCGGGAAACUCAGAGAUGAGGAGGAUAACCAGCCUGAAGAUGAUGAUGAGGAUCUGGAAGAGGUUGAUGAAGAUGAUGACGAUGAUGAUGAUUCUCAUUUGAUUGAUUUUAACGACUCCAAUGAUGAGGAUUUCUUAACAGAUGAUGAUGAUGAAGAUGAAGAUGAUGAAGACAACGAUGGAAAUGAAGAUGAGAAUGAUAUGUUUUCCCAAAGUGAGGGAUAUAGCGAGGAUGGAGACGAUGAUAUCAGUGACGAUGCUUUGUUUGAACUUUUAUGAUGAGUGUUGUCAUAGAUACAUGUAUUUGGGAAUUAUCUGGACUAUUUUUAAUGCAUAAAAAAAAAUUGUAAAAAAUAAGUAAAUGUUUUUAAAAUUCUGAAGGUGACUGAACAUAAAAGGCCAUGGCUAAAAAUAUACAGCUGUACGGUAUGUUUUGGUCAACUGUUUACCAAUAGUAAUGAAAAAAAAAAUGAAAUGCAAGGUAUUAACAGUCUUUACUUUAUACCUGGUCAAGCUACAUGGACAUAUUUCAAACUUUCUUCCUGAAAAAUGACAGGCAUAAGAAUUUCUGUUACGAAAUUAUCAGGUGCUACAACUGUACAUACAUGUAGGUAUUUUACAUGUUAUUGUAGAUAAUGGUGAAGAUUAUUUCACAUUUGUUGUGGUGUUUGUCAAAAUGUUAUUUUAUUAUUUAAGAAAUAUUAAUGAUGGACACUGAGUUGUACAUUUGCAUGUCAAUAAAUUUAAUUAAUUUUAUUUAUUGUCUUUAGGGUCUAUCUUUAAUACUGGCUACUG